AUGGCCAUGAAAGUCGUUCCUGAAUUCUCUGAAUGUCCUGGUGAACCUGAGUUUCGCUAUGUGGCUGGUAUGCAUGGGAAUGAAGUGCUCGGGAGGGAACUACUGCUCAACCUGAUGGAGUACAUAUGCCAAGAGUACAAAUGUGGAAAUCAGUGCAUAGUUCACCUGGUUAAAGAGACAAGGUUCAGAGCUAGCCGGGUGGUCAAUGAGGGUAUUGACAUGAAUCACAACUUUGCAGAUCUGAACACAGUGAUGUGGGAUGCCAUCAAGCUGGAAAUAGACAAAUCUAAACUAAUCAAUCACUACUUUCCCAUUCCAGAGCACUACACUUCAGAAGACGCUAUGGUGGCUUCAGAAACGAUGCAAACUAUACCAUUUGUUCUCAGCGCUAUCCUCCAUGGAGGAGAGCUGGUGGUCACAUACCCAUUUGACAUGACCAAAGACUGGGCUUCCAGUGAGCACACUCCAACCCCUGAUGAAAGCUGCUUCCGCUGGCUGGCCACGGUUUAUGCGAGCACCAACCAUGUGAUGUCCAACCCAGACCGAUGGUCCUGUCACAAUGAGGACUUCCCUCGUUACAAUAACAUUAUCAAUGGAGCAAACUGGCAUUCGGUUCCAAGCAGUAUGAAUGACUUUAGUUACCUGCACACAAACUGUUUUGAGGUGACGGUGGAGCUGUCCUGUGAUAAGUUCCCUCAUGCCAGUGCGCUGCCCAUAGAAUGGGAGAACAAUAAGGAAUCUCUCCUUGUCUACAUGGAGCAGGUGCACAGAGGGAUCAAAGGAGUGGUUAAGGCCAGAGACACUGAAGCCGGUAUCGCUGAUGCCAUCAUCAAAGUAGAUGACAUCGACCACCAUAUAAGAUCAGCUUUUGAUGGGGACUUCGGGCAUCUGUUGAACCCAGGUGACUAUGAUAUCACAGUGACUUCAGACUUGCUUAUCUUACGUUUUGAACCGCAAACGAAGUUUACCAGGUUGACAACCAUUGUGAAUCUACGGACAUGUCACUAUGGCAACCUAACAACACUGAGACCUCACAUCAGAAGCGUCUCUCAGGGCUCCUGCUACCUGGACACUAGGACUCACAGCAUCCGGCCUCUCUGCUGCAGGUCACCCCUCUUAGCUGGCAAUACCUCCAUCACACUUACCCUGGGGCUUCAGCCCAGAAGAACUAUAACCACAGACCGACCCAGCUGGUAUGAGAGUGUUGCAGACUCUACCCCCGUAUUCCUCACGGAGCAGCUCCUUGUGUCCACUCAACAGAUGACGGGUCUGCCGUGGUGGGCCAGCAUCAUGUGCACGACACUCGCCCUGCGUACCGCCAUCACUCUCCCCCUGGGAAUCUAUCAGUCCAUCAUCAUUGCAAAGGUUGAAGCUCUGCAGAAGGAGAUAGCUGUGUUGGCCCGCCAGUUACGCUUUGAGAUCUCUAUAAGAGCCAAAGAGAAGGGCUGGUCAGAGAAAGCAUGCAGGUUCCAUUUUAAGAAGAACCUGAAACGAAUCGUGUCUGAGCUUUAUGUUCGAGAUAAUUGCCACCCAUUCAAGGCCAGCUUGCUGAUCUGGGUCCAGCUGCCCAUGUGGGUUUGUUUCUCCCUGGCCUUGCGUAAUCUCAGCCUGGGAAUGGGACAUGUUCCCCUUGCAUCAGAAGCAGGUUUGGCAACAGGUGGCGCUCUGUGGUUCCCUGACCUCACUCUCCCAGACUCUACCUGGAUCAUGCCAGUUUCUCUUGGCCUCAUCAAUUUGCUCAUCACAGAGAUAUUCGCCCUCAGACAGCUAGAUCCUUCAAAGUUCCAAAAGUAUGUGACUAACUUCAUCAGAGGAAUAUCUCUGGUGAUGAUUCCUAUAGCUGCCACAGUCCCGUCAUCCAUGUCUCUGUACUGGCUCAGCUCAAGUUGUGUUGGCCUGGCACAUAACCUGCUCCUGAGAUCCUCUCACUUCCGGGGCAUCUGUCGGAUCCCUCCAACACGUUCAGACUCUGAAACGCCAUACAAGGACAUUGCAGCUGCAUUUGUAGCCAAAUACAUCAAAUAGAUGGAUGUGGACGUGGCAAAUUAGAGCAUCAGCUACUGAAAAUGUGAGCGGAACAUGUGGAUGCCUGUGUAUAUAGUGGGGAAUUCAUCCAACAUGACACUAUAACCAGAGGAAUAUGGCAGAACAAAUGCAAGUCAGAUAUGUUUAUUAAAAUCUGCUUUUGGAAAGAAACUCUAAUGGGUAGUAAAAUGU